UGGAAUUUGAAAGGAUCAGCACGAGGAACUGAUACAGGAACUCUUCUCACAUUGUACAUAAAGGCAUAUGAAUACGAAAUUUCUUGACAUUUUCAUAUAAACAUUCUCAGGGCCUGACACUGUGAUAAGUGUUGAAGUUAGAAAAAAGAACACCAAAUUCUUGUCUUCGUGGAGUUUAACGGUAGAAGACAGAUGAAUAGGUCAGUAAACAAUUAGAAUAUGAUGAAGUGGUAAGGACCACAGCACCACUCUUUUUCAGAAUUAAGCUUUAUCAAGAAGUGAGUGUGAGGUCAUGCAGCGGAAUCAGAAGCUUGAAUACAGCCCCCUCCGCCAGCCCCGAGGGAAAGCGGGCGAUCUACAAGGCAGCUGAACCAGGAAUCUUCGGCCAGGCCUCCUGCCGCCGUUCACGUGGCCAAGUAGGAGAAUCGAAUUACAGCGUGGCUGCCACCGCACAAGGAUCAGCGACUCGCCGCCGCUAGCUGUGCCGCCAGGCGGGUGCUGAGGGCCACCGUCUCCACCCUCCGACGACCCCCGACGUGAGCAUUUCCAGCCCUGUUUCCCAUACAAACGGAUUUUCAGAGAGCUGGCCCCUCGCCGGAAAGCGGAGCCCCGAGGUGAAACGGGUUGACAGCCUGACAACGCUCUCCCGAAACGCGAGCAACAGGAAUAAAAACAACUGGGCCUGUAGCUUCACUGAACGAGAAAAGAGGGGAAACACGGGUCAGAAAGCAUAGAACCGGCAGCGCCGGCUCAAGCGCCAGCGGACUCCAAGGGCAGCGAAGCCGGAAGUCGGGCCGCGCCGCCGGAAGUUGAGAGGCGGUGCCGGAAAGUCGGCUUCGUCCUCCGGUCCCCAGCCGGAAGCGGCUCACUAGCGCCGCUGUUCUUCGCGGACCUUGUGACUUUAGGGUUCGAGCUUCACGGUGACCACGCGGUGUUACGAGGCGGUCGUACACGCGUCCUCAGGCUACAAUGUCGCAUCCAUCCCCCCAGGCUAAGCCCUCCAACCCCAGUAACCCUCGAGUCUUCUUCGACGUGGACAUCGGAGGGGAGCGAGUUGGUCGAAUUGUCUUAGAAUUGUUUGCAGAUAUUGUACCCAAAACUGCAGAAAAUUUUCGUGCAUUGUGUACAGGAGAAAAAGGCAUUGGACCCACCACUGGGAAACCUCUCCAUUUCAAAGGAUGUCCUUUCCAUAGAAUUAUUAAGAAAUUUAUGAUUCAGGGGGGAGACUUCUCAAAUCAGAAUGGGACAGGUGGAGAAAGCAUUUAUGGUGAAAAAUUUGAAGAUGAAAAUUUCCAUUAUAAGCAUGACAGGGAGGGAUUGCUGAGCAUGGCCAACGCGGGCAGCAACACCAACGGCUCCCAGUUCUUCAUCACCACCGUUCCGACUCCGCACUUGGAUGGGAAGCACGUAGUGUUUGGCCAAGUGAUUAAAGGAAUGGGUGUGGCAAAGAUUCUAGAAAAUGUGGAGGUGAAAGGUGAAAAACCUGCCAAAUUGUGCGUUAUUGCAGAAUGCGGAGAACUGAAAGAAGGGGAUGAUUGGGGAAUAUUUCCAAAGGAUGGAUCUGGUGACAGUCACCCAGAUUUCCCCGAGGAUGCAGAUGUGGAUUUAAAAGAUGUAGAUAAAAUUUUAUUAAUAUCAGAAGACUUAAAAAACAUUGGAAAUACGUUUUUCAAAUCCCAGAAGUGGGAGAUGGCCGUUAAAAAAUACACAAAAGUUUUAAGGUAUGUGGAAGGCUCCAGAGCUGUUGCUGAGGAUGCAGAUGGAGCAAAGCUGCAGCCUGUUGCUCUGAGCUGCGUGCUGAAUAUUGGUGCUUGCAAACUGAAGAUGUCUGAUUGGCAGGGCGCAGUCGAUAGCUGUUUGGAGGCCCUUGAAAUAGACCCAUCAAAUACUAAAGCACUGUACCGUAGAGCCCAAGGAUGGCAAGGAUUAAAAGAAUAUGAUCAAGCAUUGGCUGAUCUUAAGAAAGCUCAGGAGAUCGCACCAGAAGAUAAAGCUAUCCAGGCAGAAUUGCUGAAAGUGAAGCAAAAGAUAAAGGCACAGAAAGAUAAAGAGAAGGCAGCUUAUGCAAAAAUGUUUGCUUGAUGAGGAAUUGAGUUUGGCUUCAGUGUGCGUUGAUUGUAUGAAUGAGGAAGACAGUUGGAAGGCUUGUCUGUUCUGUGUGACCCCUUCUGUGCUCCCUCCGAUGCUUCGGUUCCCCGUGUUUACAGUCCAGGAACAUGGAUAGGGGCUUGUUCUUUAAUACACUAGUGUUACCAACUACAAUGGCGUCGAUUCCCUUUUCAGUGACUCUGCAUUAUUCAAAGCAUAAUGGUGUCUCCAGUUUGUUUUUAAACUCCUAAAGACACAUCGUGUUUGAAUAAACAGACAAAAGCUUGA